AUGGCGCGGACCGCCGCCACCCUCAACGAGGGCUCCCCGGCUGACGUGCUCGACGCCGGCUGCCUCGCCGAGAUCUUUGGCCGCCUCACCGACGUCGGCCUCUGCCGCGUGCGCAGUGUGUGCACCUCGUGGCGUGCCGCCGCCUCCAUUCCGGGGAUUUGGCGCGAGGUUUUUGCGACAAUGCACGGAGAGCACGCUCGGCGGUGGGCGCCGUCGCAGGACCCGCUCGUGGACCCACCCGGCGGCGACGAGUGGCAAGUGCGCUGCGCCCACCGCCGCCAAGCAGCCUCCAACCGGGUGGCGGGGCAGGCGACCUACCGCAAGCUCCCGUACGAGAUGGGCCACUCGCCCACCGCCUCGCCCUUCUACGUCGCCUCGCUCGCCAUCGACGGCCCGUGGCUCGCGCUCGGAGAGUUCGGCGGCUUCCUCACGCUCUACGACCUGCGGGCGAGCCGGCGGCGGUGGCGGCGGCCGCACGCCCUCCCGCAAGGCUUUGUGGAGAACGGGCGCGAGGACCUGUGCGUGGUGAGCGCGGCGAUGGUGGACGCGGUCGGCGGCUGCGUGGGCAGCCUCGCCUCGGGGAGUGGCACGCUGCUGGUCCGCUGCCUCUCUUCUGGCCAGCUGCUGCACCGGCUCGACCACUCCGCCCUGCUGGGAGGGCUGGCGGACGCUCUGCCGCAGCUGCCACCGCUCACCUUUCCAGGAACCUACUUCAACAUGCCGCAGUGGCGGACGGAGUGCGUCGUCGCCUCGCUCUGCCUCUACUCGGCCGAGCGGCUCGGGCCGGAAGCCUCGCGAGGCGGGAGCAGGCAGGGCGGCGGGAGCAGGCAGGGCGGCGGGAGCAGGCAGGGCGGAGGAAGGGCCGGCGGAGGCGAGCCCGGCGGCGGGCCGAGGUGCGGCGGGCCGGGGUGCGGCGGCCCUCUCCGGCUGAUGAGCGUGGCGGUGCUCGAGAAGACCUCGCCGACGGAGCAGGACCUGACCGAGUGCCUCUCGAUACUGUGCCUCUCGAUGCUAUGGCUCCUCCCACCGCUGCCGCGGCCCGGCGAGGCGGCCGCAGAGGCAGGCGGCUCCCGAGAGGCGGCCGGGGAGGCGGAGCUUGCGGUUGCGCCGCCGCAGCUGCUGCGCGCGCGAGUGGGCGCCAUGUCGGAGCAGGGCGGCGCCAUGUCGGAGCAGGGCGGCGUGGUGGCGGAGGCGCACGAGCUGCUGCUCCUCGAGCUCCUCACCCUCCUCCCGCUCGGCCGUGCGAGCCUGCACCUCGCGAGGGGGAGGAGGGCGACUCGAGCGUCGCGGCGCACCUUCUCGAGCCGCGACGCGUACCGCCUCGCCGAGAAGGGCACACCGAACGCGGACAUGUACAGCCUCGCCGUCGAGAAGGGCGUGCCGUACGCGUCUCUCCAGCGCCGCUCGCCGACCUCGUGGCUCGUGCUGCUCGAGCUGCCCGUCCCGCCCGGCCUCGGCCACCGAGGCGCCUUCCUCGAGGUCUGGAGCGUGACCUGCUCCCAGUCCGCCGAGGGGCUGCGCGCGCAGGCGGCGGCGUCGCAGCCACCGCAGCAGGAGGCUGCUUGGCCGGAGAAGGCCCUGCACGCCGCUCCUCCGGCGGAGGCUUCCCUCCUGCAGGUGCUCGACCUCUCCUACCCGCAGCAGGCCCUCUGGACGUCGCAGGCGCCGGUGCCGCGCGUCGACUGGCCGCCCUUCGACCGGCACCGGUCAGUCUUCCUCCCGUACCAGCACCUCGCCCGCGAAGGCUUCUCUACCUACCAGGAAGGGCGGGAGAGGCCCGCGCUGCUCGAGCUCGACUCUGGAAGGCGCAUCCUCGGCCGCAGCUCGUAUGGAGCGCAGCCCGACUACUACACCACGGUGGGCUGCAGGGCAGCGUGCUCCUGCGCCGACCUCCGGCUGCUGUGGCACGGGGGUGGGGCGGAGCCGACGCCGUGGCUGCUGCUGGAGCGGCCGUUACCGACAUGGGGCAACGAUGGGGAGCGGGUCGUGCUAGAGACUUGGAGGCUGGACCGCGAGCACGGCGGUGGUGAUGGGGAGGAGGAGGAGGAGGAGGAGGAGGAGGGCGGCGGGGGCGGCGGCGAGGAGGACGGGGCGGGCGCCGCUCUUCGCAAAGGAGCGCUGCUUCGCGCAUCGCUUGCGAGCUCCGAGCUGCGGCGCCUCUCGAGCCAGCGCGGCACGCCCCCGCUCGAACUGAUUCGGACGGAGAGGGGGGCGCCGCUGCAGACCGCUGCCAACUGGCGCUGGCUCGUGCUCCUCGACAUGACGGGCGUGCACAUCCUCGACUUUGCGGCGCGUGGCCUGCCCAGCGGCAAAGCCAAAGCGCGCACACUUCCUGCGGAAACAUCGGGCGGUCCUUAG